AUGAUUCCUCACAAUGACCAUCCUGAGCCCAUUGCCAUCAUAGGAAUGGCAUGUCGGCUACCGGGCGAAGUUACCUCACCGUCUAAGCUCUGGGACCUACUAGUUGAGGAGAGAUCGGCUCAGUCUGAUGUCCCAUCGAACCGGUUUAAUGUGGAUUCCUGGUACCAUCCCGAUAAAACGCGACCUGGUAGUAUAUCCACACGAGGGGGAUACUUUCUGAGUCAAGAUGACUCUUACCGCCAGUUCGACCCGUUCUUUUUCGGAAUCAACCCCAAGGAGGCUGCCAGUAUGGAUCCUCAGCAGCGGAAGUUGUUAGAGGUUGUGUAUGAGAGCUUUGAAGCGGCUGGUGCUCGUCUGGAGGAUGUCUCGGGCUCAAAAACUGCUUGUUAUGUUGGAAACUUCACUUGGGAUAUCGGCCAAAUGCAGGCGCGAGAUAUCAACCAUGGUGCUCCGUAUCAUAUGACAGGUGGCGGAUUGACAAUCUUGAGCAAUCGAGUCAACUAUGUGUUCAACCUCAAAGGACCCAGUAUGACGAUCGAUACGGCGUGCUCUAGCACCAUGUAUGCUCUGCACUUGGCCUGCCGCAGUUUGCAAGCUGGUGACUGCUCAGCCGCCGUUGUCGCCGGCACCAAUUUGAUUUUUGGAAUCGAGCAGCAGAUUGGCAGUGUGCGCUUGGGUGUGCUGUCUCCGACUUCAGCUUGUCACACUUUUGACGAGUCCGCAGACGGAUAUGCCCGUGCAGAGGCCGUUGGCUCUUUGUAUCUGAAGACAUUAUCCCAGGCCAUUGCAGAUGGCGAUCCAAUUCGUGCUGUUAUCCGAGGCACAUCUAUCAACGCCAACGGAAAGAGUCCCGGAAUCAGCCAUCCCAGCGCGCAAGAUCAAGAGAUGGUCAUCAGAAAGGCCUACGCUAGCGCGGGGUUGGACCUGGACCAAACCGGAUACUUUGAGUGUCAUGGCACUGGCACUCCAGUCGGAGAUCCCCUGGAGGUGUCAGCCAUUGGAAAUGUUUUUGGGAGUGUGAGAACUGCCGAGAACCCGCUGCUGAUGGGAUCCGUGAAAACCAAUCUUGGCCACGGAGAGGCAGCCAGUGCGAUUUCCAGUCUAAUCAAGACGGUUCUCUGCUUGGAGAAGGGGGAGAUACCUGCGACCAUUGGGAUCAAGCGAUUGAAUCCGGCCCUGAACCUCCGUGACGGCCGGUUGAAGAUUGUUCAGACACUGUCACCGUGGCCAACCGCACAGCAAUACCGUCGAGCCAGUGUCAACUCCUUUGGCUACGGUGGUGCCAAUGCGCAUGCUGUCUUGGACGCAGUACAGUCGUACCUGGGAGAUUUAUACCAGAGCAUCCCAACAUCUCUUCCGGCUCCCGAGAAGUUUGCGUCGAAGAAAUACCUUUUGCUGCCCUUCUCGGCCCACAGCGAAUCAACUCUGGAAAGAAACAUCGAAUCCAUUUCCCGCAGCUUCAAGGGUGGCUUUUCUCUCCGGGACCUCGCGCAUACUCUGGGCUCCCGCCGCAGCAACCACUCUGUGCGAGCAUUCACCCUUGUUCCUGGCGACGCGAACGGUCCCCAGCUCGUCGAUUCACUCAUGUCGUCCAAGCUCACGGUGGGCACUACCACGGGAACCUCUCCGAAGCUUGCCUUUGUCUUUACCGGCCAAGGCGCACAGUGGGCGCAGAUGGGUCAUGGGCUGGUACAGGAGUAUGCCGUGGUACGGCAAACACUGCAUGACCUGGGACGCACCAUAUCCAAGCUGCCCAACGCUCCUGAAUGGGACCUCCUUGAGGCUCUCGCCCAGCCAAAGUCAAAGAGCCGAGUCAAUGAGGCGGAGCUCUCGCAGCCUUUGACCACGGCGGUUCAGAUCGCCAUGGUUGAUCUCUUGCAUUCGUGGGGAGUGCAUCCGACAGCCGUCGUCGGGCAUUCCUCUGGAGAAAUCGCGGCCGCCUACGCCGCUGGGCUCAUCUCCGCCGCAGAAGCCAUAGUUAUUGCCUACCAACGGGGUGCGGCAACUGUGAAGAGCGCUCAACACGGCGCCAUGUUGGCUGUCGGACAAGGGCCGGAGGAAGUUCUUCAGGUAAUCCAAGAUAUUCCUGGGAUCGGGAUUKCUUGUUAUAAUGCCCCAGAUAGCGUCACCCUGAGUGGCACGGAGAAGGCGGUUGAUGAGGCUCGCGGUCGGUUUGCCCGUGCUGGUGUCUUCAAUCGGAAGCUGAUAACCUCUGGCAACGCGUACCAUUCUGAGUUGAUGACUGAAGCUGGAAAGUACUAUGAGACACUACUGAAGACUUGUCUUCUUCCUAACGACCCGCCUUCGACUGGCCAUUCAUCAGUGACUAUGUUCUCCUCGGUGACCGAGCAAGAGCUCUCGACCGUUGAACUGGAUUAUUGGCGAAGAAACCUUGAAUCGCCCGUGCGGUUUGACCAGGCGACUCAAAAACUUCUCAAGGAGCGGCCAGAGGUGAAUGUGGUGGUCGAGAUUGGUCCGCACUCGGCACUGGCUGCGCCGCUCAAAGCAAUCCGCACGGGCUUGGGCUAUAGCCCAGAGCGACUGGUUUAUUUGUCUGCUCUUAAGCGCAACACCGACUCGGUUGAAUCCAUGCUCAAGCUCGCAGGGUCUCUGUUUCUGUCGGGAUGCCCACUUGACCUUUGCACCAUAAACGCGGACGAGACGAUCUACCAGACCGAAACAGGUGCCGAUAGGAUUCAAUAUUCACAUGGCUCUUUCAUCAAGGAUCUGCCCACAUACCAAUGGACGUAUGAUGAAGACCUUUUGUGGAAUGAAAGCCGCCUCAGCACUGACAUCCGUUUCCGUUCCUACCCUCACCACGACCUGCUGGGCAGUAGACUCCCUGGCACAUCUAAUGUCGCACCAGCAUGGCGAAACCUCCUAAGUCUUGAUCAUAUCCCAUGGCUGCGGGACCACAGAGUCGGUGAUGACAUUGUAUUUCCAGCCGCUGGGUAUGUCUCCCUGGCUGUCGAGGCAGUCACUCAGAUCCGUGGAUCAACCGUCACGGCUGUUAACAACGCAUACACUCUACGCGAUGUGGACAUAACAUCUGCAAUGGUCCUGAAAGAAGGACUCAGUACAGAACUAAUGUUCGAUCUUUGGACUGUUCCUGGCCAACCUGCCACCUAUCAGUUUUCCGUCAGCACUUUCUCGCAAGGGACCUGGACUCAGCAUGCCACUGGAUCGGUCCUCAUCGACAGUAAGAGCACUAAUGAUCAAUUGCUCUGGACUGAUGAGAGGAAUGUCGGCAGCCGCGGUGGAGUCAACAAGGACAGCUAUGAUCGCCGUUGGUACGCUGCCAUGGACAAAGUCGGAUUGGUCUAUGGACCAGGUUUCAAGACGCUGUCCGAUAUCCGUGCUAGCCCUGAUCAUCAUCAAGCGACUGCGGAUGUUUCGCAGAGUGCAACCGACGGACUGAUGGGUCAACAGUCGGAAUAUAUGCUUCACCCAACAACCAUCGACGCCUGUUUGCAGCUUUCGAUUAUCGCUGCGCAUCAUGGAAAACCUGAGAGACUUAACAAGGUUUAUCUUCCGGUUGCAAUUCGAAAGCUGACAAUCUGGCCGCAAAACAACGGUGGAGUCCUUCCACUGGCAGCUUGUGGCCGCGGGCACCACCGAGGACUUCGAUCGGUUCAGACAUUCAUUGACCUGUCAUCGCCGAGUAACCGAUCGAUUCUCCAAGCCGAAAUAUUAUUUUCAGCACUGGAGACAGCAUCCGGCAAUAACGCGACAAGUAAAAGCCCCCAGCCAUACACUCGGCUGGUCUGGAAACCGGACUUUGAUCGCAUGACAAAUGCCGAAGCCAAUGCUUUGUUCCACGGGACCCAAGACGACAUGUCGGCCUCCAGACACUUCUUCUCCGAGCUGGAAAAGGUUACCAGGCUAGCGAUUCGGAGCAGUGCUGAGAGGCUCCCAAAGAACUUGCAAACAGAUCACUUGCCUGGGCACAUGCACAAGUUCCUUGCAUGGCUGAGGACAGAGGGGCAGGCCCUCUCUUCUAGCGAGGGUCAUGAUGGCCUGACCGGCAAGGACCUCAUGGAGGAAAUCAACUCCAUCGCUCGUGAUGUCGCGCAUACUGUUCCUGAGGCGGCCAUGGUAGCUCAACUCAACUCGCGUAUGCCGGAAAUCGUGUCUGGAACUGUGGGCGCGUUAGAUGUGAUGGUCGAGGGUAAUCUCAUGUCGAAGAUCUAUGAAGAUGGGUUUGGGCAGGUGGGUGCAUAUGCCAAAUUGAGCAGCAUUAUGGAGCUGGUGGCGCACAAAGACCCCAGUCUGCGUAUCCUCGAGCUGGGGGCUGGCACUGGUGGUGCGACAAAGCCCAUGUUGCAAGCCCUGCAAGGAGACACUCCUCUGCCAAAAUAUGGGAAGUAUGAUUUCACCGAUGUUUCGAAAGCCUUCUUGGGUGUUGCCCAGGACAAGUUCCAGGGCUAUCUCAAUCUAGACUUUGGCAUCCUUGAUAUUGAAAAAGACCCUGCCGCCCAGGGCUUUGUGGAACGGUCAUAUGAUAUCGUCUUUGCCUCAAACGUCAUUCAUGCAACACGCAACGUCACCUCGUCUCUUCGCCAUUGCAGGAGGCUCCUGAAGCCAAAUGGCAAGCUCAUUAUCAUUGAGACCACAAAGCAACGACAAGUGACGGGUUACAUGCUCGGAGCCCUCCCUGGAUAUUGGCUCGGUACGGACGAUGGACGGCCAUCCAGCCCAUUCCUGUCGAAGGCCCUGUGGCACCAGAGACUACUAGAUGCUGGCCUUUCGGGAGCAGACGUCGUGCUCGAUGAUUACCCUGAGCCGGCCGAUUGCACUACUCUCAUGGUCUCCCGCAACAUCGGCGAUGCGGUUGAGCACACAAGCAUGGAUAGCACUAACGGUGUAGAUGGGGUCAAUGGUUUCCAUGAUACCAGCGGACAGAAUGGUCUCAGCGGGACCAGUGGCGUCAAGUCACCAGUGGUCACUUUGAUCUACCGUAAUACGCCUCAGUCCUUCCAGCAGGUUAUUGAACAGAAAUAUGCUCGACUUGGCAUAUCAACUCGGUCAAUGGCUCUCCUGGACGUUCCGACAUCCCUGGAGCGUGACUCCCGCACAAUUAUGCUCGGUGAAUUGGAGGGUCCAUUGAUGGCACGUAUGACUCCUGGCKAGAUGCAUGCCAUCCAACGGUACACUCAACUGGCCGCCACCGCCAUCUGGGUAACUAACAUCGAUGUUCUCCGUGGCCAAGAUGCGGCAAAAUCCUUGGUCUUUGGCCUGGCGAAGUCUAUCAUGACUGAGCAACCCUCUUUCCAUCUUUGCAGCGUGGAUGUUGACAUCUUUGAUGGGAAGGCGGACUAUGAACACAGCGCUAAGCUUAUUGUAGAGACCGAAAUGGCCUUUCACAUUGAUCCCAACGGCGAUCUAGAUACUGAGUUGGUCGAAAAGGACGGCUUGGUGUAUAUCAGUCGGUAUGUGACCGAUGAUGUGGAGAAUGCCAACUUCGAGCGGCAAUUGGCUAUUAAACCGACUAUAUCAAGCUUUCCGGAGAGCGAUCUUUCCAAUUACUCACUUGAAUUUGAAAAGGUUGGGCGUUUGGAUAGCUUCUAUUUCAAGGAGCACCCCUUGAAGGCACCGGGUGAGCACGAAGUUCUCCUGGACAUUGAGGCCGCUCCUCUUGAUGAACUGUCAAUACCCGCCCUCAAAGGGCAAACACCCUCCUCGUGCUUUGGCCUCGAAAUGGUGGGAACUGUUCGUGCAGUCGGCCCCAAGACAUCUAAGUUGAGGAAGGGAGAUCGAGUGUGUUGCUUCUAUCCUCAUCACUUUGACACGGCCGUCAUCGUGAAUGAGCGUAAUUGUGAAUUGCUUUCAGUCUAUGAGCGCUCUGAGGACCUCCUCAGCCAGAUACACCCUGUUGUGAUAUCCCUGCAUAUUGUCAAGACAUUGUUGCGAUUACACACAGGGGAUCGGGUCUUGAUUGACUGUCGUCAGGAGUGUCUCGCCUAUACUAUCUCCCAAGUCGCUCUUUUGGCUGGCUCCGAUGUCCAGGUGACCUUUAACUCUGAACCUGGCCGAGCUUUCCUCCAGAAACUCGGGGAAAAUGCUCAUCUGGUGGACCGUCGGGCUGGUUUUAACGAAACCUUAAUUGGGACUUCAUUUGAUGCGAUCCUUACCGACGCGAAAGGGGGCUAUCAGCUGUUCAGUGAUUCCCUCAACUAUGGUGGUCGAAUCGUUGUUCUGGCAAAUGGUGCUCCUGGCGACAUGGCGAGUGCGGCAGUAUCAUUCCUUAACAAGGGUACGACUGUUGGGAUGUUUGAUCCCAUCGAUGGUUUUGCAAACGCCCCCCUUCAACACUCCAGCCUUCUUGCAAAGGCACUGGACCUUCUCCGUCGCAAUUCUAUCCGUCCGUUACCAUCUACGCAGUAUGACCUGUCGUGCUUCGCAGAUGCUGUUGGCCAUAUCUCCCAGGAAGACUUUGUCGGGCGAGCUGUUCUUACCCGUACAUCAAACACUGUUGUCCCCAUACAAACAGUUACCCAGCCAUUGGUGUUCAACUCCCAGGCCUCAUAUCUCCUGAUAGGGUGCCUGGGAGGACUGGGAAGAAGUUUGACUACAUGGAUGGUCUCUCGUGGUGCCCGUCAUUUCGUUUUCCUCUCACGGAGCGGUGCCGACAAGCCGGAAGCAGCUGCUCUGGUGCAGGAACUUGGAGAGCUCGCGCGGACUCGAUAUCCAGACUUGACGGUACAAGUGGUUCGGGGUGACGUUUCAUUAAGAGAAGAUGUCAGUCGGGCCAUUGCCUGUGCUAAGCACCCCAUCAAAGGAGUGGUUCAGGCCGCCAUGGUACUCAAAGUACGAUAUUCUAUCCCAUUCCAGUUUGCCCGGGCCGCAGCUAAUGACAUUUGUCUUUCCGAAAAGGAUACGCUGUUUACAAAAAUGUCCUUGGAUCAAUUCAACCAGGUUCUACAUCCCAAGAUGCUGGGUACGACACACUUGCAUGAACUGCUUCAGGAGCAUGACCUCGACUUCUUCGUGAUGACCAGCUCUGUUCUUGGUGCGAUUGGUGCUGCCAUGCAGAGCAAUUAUUCGGCCGCCAAUGCGUUCCUUGACCACAUGGCACGCUACCGCCAGAGUAUGGGGCUACAGGGUACAUCUAUCGCGUUGGGAAUGAUUCUUGACGUCGGCCAUGUUGAAGAGCACCCCGAUGUGGAGAGGGCUCUCAAGCGAAAUGGCAUGUAUGGGAUCAGUGUUGAUGAGUAUCUUCUGAUGAUGGAGUUCGCCUGUCGCCGUCGAGAUCUUGGUAGCACCUCGAGUGCCCAAGGUCUGUUCAAGUAUGAUCCUUGCGCAUCUGCUCAUAUUGUCACUGGGAUGGAUCCCACCCGUGUCUCUCGCGCAGGGGGCAAAUCGCUUUGGCUGAAAGACAAUCGGCUCCGCAAUCUUGUUGCAGCGCUAGGAGGUGGCAGCGAAGGCGAUGCCCUUAACGCUAAGCAGUCGGCGGGUGUAAGCACCCGCGAAUUGCUUGAAGCUGCCCGUGCCGAAGGGGGCGAGGCAGCUGUCAAGUCCACAAUCUUGGGGUUGAUCCUGGCACGGUUCUCCAAAUUGGUGCUAUUGCCCGUUCAAAAAAUCGACCCGGGCAAAUCCCUAGCACAUUACGGGAUGGACAGCAUGAUUUCAGCAGAGCUGAAGAGCUGGGCGUGGAAGGAGUUUACCGUUGACUUGCCCUUCUUGGGCCUGUUGGAUCAGGGCCUGACAUUCGACAGAUUGGCUGAUCAAGUGGUUACCUUAGCUGAUACAAGGUCCACCUGA